AUGCCCCCAUCCCCCUUAACAGUGACCCUGAUCCAAUCGACAAUCCUAAACGCCAUCUCCAACAUCCUAGCACAAUUAAUAGACCAACACAAAACAAGUAAACCAUUUACCCUCAACCCAACCGCCCUCCUCCAAUUUGUGACCUACGGCAUCCUAAUCGUGCCCCCAAACUUCAACUGGCAGCGCUACAUCGAAACCCAAUUCCCCGGCUUCCCAUCCUGGAAAACUAACAACAAUGCCGCCCCCAUCGCCGCCGACAUCGACAUCCUCCCCAUGAAGGAGAAACUAUUAACCCCCAAGCCAAAACCGAGAUCGGGGAUGUGGAACUUUGCCAUGAAGUUCUUUCUAGAUCAGACGGUUGCGGGGGUAGUUAAUAUUCUUUUAUUUAUUGUGUUGAUUAAUUUGUUAAAGGGGAAGGGGGCGGGGAGGGUUUGGGAGUUAGUUUGUGAGGACUUUGGGCCGAUUAUGAUUGCGAGGCUAAAAUUUCGGCCGGUGGUGUCGGCGCUUAUGUAUACUGUUGUUCCUGUGGAUCGGAGGGUAGUGUUUGGGAGUGCUUGUGGGGUUAUUUGGGGAGUCUAUUUGAGUCUUUAUGCUGUUGUUUGA